AUGCUCUGCUGUGGUCUGCUGUGCUCUGCCGUGCUCGGUGGUGCUCUGCCGUGUUCGGUGGUGCUCUGCCGUGUUCGGUGGUGCUCCGCCGUGUUCGGUGGUGCUCUGCUGUGCUCGGUGGUCAUCUGCUGUGCUCUACUGUGCUCGUGCUCUGCUGGGCUCUGCUGUGCUCUGCUGGGCUCUGCUGUGCUCGGUGGUGCUCUGAUGUGUUCUGAUGUGCUCUGCAGUGUUCUGCUGGGCUCUGAUGUGCUCUGCUGGGCUCUGCUGUGCUCGUGCUCUGCUGGGCUCUGCUGUGCUCUGCUGGGCUCUGCUGUGCUCGGUGGUGCUCUGAUGUGUUCUGAUGUGCUCUGCAGUGCUCUGCUGGGCUCUGAUGUGCUCUGCUGGGCUCUGCUGUGCUCGGUGCUGGGGGGUCUGACCCUGCUGGCUGUGGGGAUUUGGGUGCGUGUGGAUAAGGAUUUGUUCCUACAGGUGCUGAGUCCCUUCUCCACCCUCGACACGCAGAUUGUCAAUGUGUGCUUCUUCUGCAUCGCUAUUGGAGGAGUGCUGGUUCUACUGGGUGUACUGGGCUGCUGUGGAGCCCACAAGGGGAGCAAGUGUCUGCUGCUACUGUUUUUCUCCAUCAUCUUGAUUAUUUUCAUCGCUGAAGUGGCAGCCGGAACGGUGGCCCUCGCCUACUCUUCAUUCGCCGAGGGGAUUCUUAAAGCAUGGGCCACCCUUGUCUUGAAGAACCAGUAUGGCAGCGAUCCGGUGGUCACCAAGAUCUGGAACAGCACCAUGACCGAGCUGAACUGCUGUGGCUUCACCAACUACACAGACUUUACUGACUCGUACUACUCUGAGCAGAGUGAGGGCAGCUACCCACCCAUCUGUUGCCAGCUAGACACUGCCCCCUGCAGCCAGCAGCAGGCAUGGCACAGUGAUGUUCAGGGCUGUUUCGAACAGCUGUUGACGGCCCUUCAGAAGCAUGCCAACAUCGUAGGUGGAAUAGCCGUAGGCAUCGGAGGGCUGGAGGUGGCAGCGAUGCUGGUAUCCAUGUACCUGUACUGCUAUCUGGACAACAAUGUCAGCUGAGACUUUGUAUUGGACAGACAAUAUGUUGUUAUGUACUGUGAAAGGUUAAUAAUAGUGAUUGUAGUGCCAUUAUAUCUGAUAGGUUGCCUUGAUGUUAUUAUCUACAAAUGUAUAUCAGUUAUCCAUUAUUUCACGUUUACUAAUCAAGUGAGAUAUCUUUUUAAUUAAUAGCACACAAAAGCCAAAACAUAGUACUGUAAUUGUGUGUAAUGUUAUUUUAGAUGUUGUCACAUUUAUCUACUGUAAAUACACUUUAUAUUUACAAUAAAUUUCAGC